AUGGCUGAUGUUUUUGAGCUAGACGAGGAAUUGGAUCCUCAAGUGGAGCCAUCAUCCAGUAUUCAAACAGAAAGAAUUGUACCAGGCACACCUACGAGUUCUAUAUCUCUGACACCUCCAAAGAAUUUCUCUCCGGUCUGUGGUAAUAUCUACCGAUCCAGCUUUCCUACGAUUGAGAACUUCGAGUUCCUGAAAAGGAUAAAUCUAAAAUCUGUAAUAUGCCUCAUACCGGAGGACUACCCCGAGGAAAACAGAGAGUUUUUGGAGGAACAACACAUUCAAUUUUUCCAAGUAGGGUUGUCAGGUAAUAAGGAGCCUUUUGUCAAGAUAAAGCCCCAGUUGAUAGAACAGGCUCUCAAGAUAGUUUUGAACCCAGAGAACCACCCCAUUCUAAUACAUUGCAACAGAGGCAAACAUAGAACAGGAUGUUUAAGUGGAUGCAUAAGGAAAUUGCAAAAAUGGUCGUUGACAAUGAUAUUCGACGAGUACAGAAAGUUUGCUGCUCCCAAGGAAAGAGCCCUUGAUCAACAGUUCAUAGAGAUGUUCGAUGAUACGGAAGUAGAAAAGAUGGCCAUUGAGAAUAAAUGGCUGCCCAUAGAAUGGUAA